AUGAAGUUGUAUGGUGAAAACAAGUCGCGGGGCUCCGACCUGCCCUCUCUGUUCCAGACCUUCAUAUUGGUGCAACGCCGCGACGACGAGCAGUUCACGGCCGGGGUGGACAUCGAUACACAUGUGAACUUCGGAGCAAGCGUCCCCAGAAUACCUGGGAAAAGGCCCGGGGAUGAUCCGGUCAUCUUCGAGCUUGACCCAGACGCCUCGAAGGAGAUGAAACUCAAGUGGACUAAAGAAGCCGGCAUUGACCCAGAUAGUCUGCGAAUAGGCAUGCUUGCGAAUCAAUACCGCAUAGUACAUACGACUUUCCAAGGACGAGUCAAUGCGGACUGCCUCGAAAUGACCUCGACGAUGAAGCAGUGGGGUCAGUGA